AUGAUUCUGCUCACUGACAUGCAGCUGGACUUCAUGCCACUGGUCACAACCCUCUGGACCCAGCCUUAUAGCCAAUUUUCAGUCCACCUCACUGUCUACUUGUCCAGCUCCAUACUUCAUCAACUUGCAUGUGAGGAAGUUGCAGGAGACAGUGUCAAAAGACUUACUAAAGUCAACAGAAAUAACAUCCACAGCUCUCCCCUCAUCCGUGGAGCAAGUCACCUCAUCACAGAAGGCUAUCAGGAUCCUGAACUCCACCAGCUUGUGGUUACUACAGCCAAGCCUAACGCCAGCUUUCUCAUCUUUGACCAGUUCUUGUUCAUGUCCUUAAAAAUAAACGGAGGAAAUUCAGAUCCAGACCUGGACUUUGCAGCUAACUGGACUUCUAAAUUCCAAGUAAAGCAAAGUGAAAAAAACCAAUGCUUAAAAGCAUGUGAUGGGAAUAAAAAGGAGCACAUCUAUCUGAAUGUGAAACACAGUACUUCUUCCAAGAAACAGAUGAUGAGAAGACAAAGAACAGAGGAGAACAAGAACAAAGAUUCUCCUGUUUCAUGUGCUACUUGCUGGAUUAUUGCAGUGAUUCUAGGGAUCCUCUUCUUGGCAUCGCUGGGGACAACAGUGGGGUUUAUUAUCAAGGGCUGUCCAUGUCCACACUGCCCCGAGAAGUGGAUAGCUCACAGAGGGAGCUGCUACUCCUUCUCCAAGGAGAGGAAGGACUGGUAUUCCAGCCAGCAAUCCUGCCGGGCGCAGGGAGCUCAUCUCCUGGUGAUCAGCGAUACCAGUGAAAUGGACUUAUUCCAGAUGAUGCACACCAAACUCCAUUGGAUUGGUUUGCGCAAUGGCACUGAUGGUGACUGGGCCUGGGAAGAAGGCUCAAAACUUAGUGGCAAGAAGGUCCAGUCCAACAGCCCUGUUCAGAACUGCGCCGUUCUGCUGGAAGGUGCCAUCCAUGCUUCCAGCUGCGAAGUCCUUGCUCCAUGGAUCUGCAAGAAAUCUCUUCGGUGA